AUGUUGCUUCCACCAAGCCACCCAGUCUUCCUCCCAGACUGGAGCAAUGUCGACGUCGUUCAUCGCAAUACGCUUCCACCCCGAAGCAACUUCUACCUCUACGAAACGGAAGCCGCCGCGCUCACCCGGGACGUCCGCAACGCCAAAGCGCAAUGCCUCUCCGGGAAAUGGAAGUUCCACUGGUCCAGGUCACCGUUCGAGGGGCCGCGAGACUUUUACAAACCGAACUUCCAGGACCCUUCCUUUAAGGAUAUAGCCGUCCCAGGAAUGUGGCAACUCCAAGGAUUCGGAAAAGGCCCCCAUUACACCAAUAUAUUGUAUCCGUGGCCGGUUGACCCGCCGAAUGUCUCGUACCAGGAGAACGAGUGCGGGCGAUACGUGACCUCGUUCACAGCCGACGCGUCGUUUGUGAAUCAUCGGCUACGGCUGCGAUUUGAGGGCGUAGACUCCUCGUUCACGGCAUGGGUUAACGGCAAGGAAGUUGGCUAUUCGCAGGGGUCUCGCAAUCCCAGUGAAUUCGACGUGACGGAGCACAUCCAAGUCGGCGAGGAGAAUCGCCUGGCCGUGGAGGUGUACCAGCGCUGCGACGGGAGCUACCUCGAGGACCAGGAUGAAUGGUGGCUCAGCGGUAUAUUCAGAGAUGUCUACCUCCAUGCUUUCCCCAUAGUGCAUCCCGUCGACUUCCACGUCGUCACUGACUUGGACGACAGUUUCAAGAAUGCAACCCUGCGCGUCAAGGUCGACGUGAGCGCAUCUUGUGCCGUGGAACUAAAACUUCUUGAUGCCACACUAGAGCAAGUUCUCAGCGACACCAUUGACGUUGUUGGCUCGGAUGAGUUCAACCUCGACGUUGAGAACCCACACAAAUGGACCGCAGAGACGCCGUAUUUAUACACCUUGGUGCUGAACUUUCUCGGCAGCAGCAGAUGCAGUCUGGUCCAGUGCGUUGGUUUUCGAAAAACGGACUUGGUAGACGGUGUGUUCUGCGUCAACGGGAAUCCAGUCAAAUUCCGAGGCGUCAACCGGCACGAGCACCACCCAGAUCAUGGCCGCGCGGUUCCGUAUGAUUUUAUGCGUCGGGACCUGCUCAUCAUGAAGAAGCACAACAUCAACGCCAUUCGUACAUCUCACCAGAUAAACGACCCACGUUUAUACGAUGUGGCUGAUGAGCUGGGUCUCUGGAUCCUCGACGAAGCCGACUUGGAGUGUCAUGGUUUCGGCGAAGUAGGCGGCGACGCGGCGAGCUACACCUCUGAUAAUCCCGCCUGGAGAGAGCAGUAUGUCGACCGAGCGCGGCAGAUGGUUGCACGAGAUAAGAACCACGCGUGCGUCAUCAUGUGGUCGCUUGGUAAUGAAUCGUUCUAUGGACGAAAUCACCAAGCCAUGUACGACGUCAUUAAGUCCAUGGAUAGCACGCGUCUGGUUCAUUAUGAGGGUGAUUGGAAUGCGCAGACGGCCGACAUAUACAGCCGCAUGUAUCCUGAUAUCGACUAUGUCUCGUCGUUUGCCAAAGAGCGCGACUGGAAGAAGCCGCUGGUGCUUUGCGAGUUUCUGCAUUCUAUGGGCAACUCGGAGGGCAACGCAAAGGAGUAUAUCAAUUUGUUCUACAAACACCCGAGGCUGAUGGGCGGCUUUGUGUGGGAAUGGGCCAAUCAUGGCCUUCGAACCAAGACCGAAGAUGGGGAGGAGUUUAUGGCAUACGGAGGCGACUUUGGAGACGAACCCAACGAUGGCAAUUUCGUCAUGGACGGACUAUUGUACUCCGAGCAUACGGUGAGCUCCAAUAUCACCGAGUAUGCCAAGUCGAUCGAGCCGAUUCAAACGCUGUCACUGCAUCACCACAAUAUUACUGUUGCGAAUCGUUAUGAUUUCCUAACACUGGAUCAUCUGUUUGCAACUUGGUCCAUCGUUUCUGACGGGAAAGAAUUUGCGGGUGGUCGAGUCAAAAUACCCAAGGGUAUUCAACCACACGCGGAGGGCGUUGUAACGGCCGAGGGAUUUCACAGCGUAAUGUUGAAGGAGUUGCAUGGGGAGGCCUAUUUGCAACUUAAAUUUACACUAAAGCACGAGACGAAUUGGGCGCCUGCUAAUCAUCAAGUUGCCACCGGAGAGCUUCGGGUGUCGCGGCCGCUAUCUGUAAACGCUAUUCAGUCUGUUGAGCCACCAAUGCCGAAACCAACCUUGCAAAUGGCGUCAGACUCGCUUCUUAGGAUUACAUCGGCAUCUGGGUGCUCGACAUGGGCAAUCGAUACAGUGACAGGCACCCUUGUCAGUUGGAAACGUGGAGGUAUGCCCGCUUUUGAGAUUAUGAGCCAGCCCAUCACCAUGGACUUUUAUCGUGCUUUGACGGACAAUGAUCGCGGCGGCCACGGGCGAGAGUGGAUAGACAGGAGGUUGCAUCAAACGUCGACACAUGUCAAGGAAGUUCAAUUUCGAGAGGGUCAGGACGGCAUUGUGGUAGAAAUCAAGCACAGGAUCGCACCCCCUGCUCUUCUAUGGGCUGUUGAUACCACGUGGACCUACCAUUUCCGAGGAGAGUCGCUCGCCAUCAACGUCAAAGGAAAGCCGCAUGGAUUGAGUCUCCCAUCAACCUUUGCGCGCAUCGGCAUCACGCUGGGCCUUGCCGGAGCAGAGAGAGUGGAAUGGUGGGGCCGCGGCCCGGGCGAGUCAUAUCGAGAUAAAAAAUACUCUCAACUAUUCGGAAAUUGGGGGUUGACUGUUGACCAGCUGUGGGUUGAUUAUGAGUUUCCCCAGGACAGUGGUAACAGGGCCGACGUUCGCUGGGUCGAGAUUCUCGGGCCCAAAGGGCGUCUUUUGAGGGCCAAUUUCGGGGAUCUGGACGGUGCAAGCUUCUCAGCCAUGCAUUACUCAACAAAGGAUCUCGACGAUUGUUCGCAUCCGUACGAGCUGCACCGGCGCAAACGCGACGACACGGUUGUCAGACUCGACUGGGUACACCAUGGCUUGGGUACCGGCUCAUGUGGCCCAUGGACUCUGCCGCGGUAUUCGUUGAAGACUGAUCAGGAGUUCAGUUUCGACAUUCUUCUGGACUAG